AUGGAGGGAGUCACUCCUGAGAUCUUUGGUCAGUCAGACGGCAGAACUUCCGGUCGGCAUUUUGUUCUACGAGAGGAGAGCCUCUUGAUGAUCGCAACAAUCGUCAUAUUUCUCACUUACUGUCGAAAUUGGCUGCACUCGUUGUUUACGUCGGCGCAGACCGACUGAAACUGCGGAGAACGAAUGUUUCCCCGUGAAUGUACGCCGAAACAUUCACCCUUGAGUGACGGAAGAAGAGCGAAUCAGUCCGACCCGGAUUAUUGUUGAUAGCUAUAGCAAGGCUAGCUCACCAGCUAGCUUGGCAAGCCAAUCGAGUUCCUUCUGGAGGAGCUGCGAGAGAGAAGAAAGGGGGAGCUAGAGAUACGGACACGGACACAAACCAAGCUAAAACAUUCCCCUCCCUUUUGAACGCAACAUCCGAAGAUAUAAGGAGUAGGACUUUUUAUCUGAAAUGUCAGUGAGUCCACCCGAGACUGCACAGAAUUCUUCGAAAAGGUGUCAGGAGAUGUGAGGACGGGUGUCGUCCAUCGACCCCCUGAUCUACCUGUGUAUCAAUACACUCCCCCACCCUCACCUUCAGCAUGAAUGGGGAUAUGCCUCAUGUUCCCAUCACCACUCUUGCUGGGAUCGCUAGCCUCACAGACUUGUUGAACCAGCUGCCCCUCCCUUCCCCUCUCCCGGCCACCACCACUAAGAGCCUCCUAUACAAUGGAAGGAUCGCAGAGGAAGUUACCUGCCUAUUGGGCUGUCGGGAUGAGAAUCUGGCCUCCCAGCUAGCCCAUGGCCUCAACCAGGUCUCCACAGAGCACAUAGAGCUAAAGGACAACCUGGGUAGCGAUGAGCCAGAGGGAGAUGCACCACUGCUGUUGCAGACCAUGCUGACCAGGAACCCUGGCAUCUUCAGGGAGAAAAAUGUAAUGCAGCAGCCAAUGGUACCGCCGUACAAGAUCACCCAAAAUUCCAUGCAUAGCCCUGCCCAGUCUGCAAACUUCCAGCCGGCUGCAAUUUCUCCCAAUCCACCAAGCCGGUUUGUGUCACCCCAGACCGGUUCAAGUAGUCGUUAUAUGGGCCAGCAGAACAGUCCAGUACCGAGCCCAUACACUCCUCAGAGCCCUGCCCCCGGUUACAUACAGCCGUAUCCCCACCAACAACCACCCAGCUAUAACCAACACCAACAGAUACAACAAGUGUCUGUGACCAGUCCCAUGGUUCCUGGUGGCAUACGAAAUAUCCAUGAGGGCAAAGUAUCGGGGCAGAUGGCCAACGCUGCCAACCACCACUCAGACAGACACGGCACUGAGGACUACCUGAAUAUUGUACACCGAUUGAGCAAUGAGGAGGGUGACUCCACCAUGAGGAAUCCUUCUUUCCCUCUGAGGUCUCCACAGUCUGGCUGCUCCCCAGCAGGGAGUGAAGGAACGCCCAAACCGGGCUCUCGUCCCCCGCUGAUUCUGCAGUCACCACCUCCUUAUGCGCCCUCACCAAGGGAAGGAGGACCUGACCAGAAACAGCAGCUCCAGCAAAGGAAGAAAGCCCCAGCGGUGAAAGAGGAGAAAGAUAUGUACGACAUCGUAAGCUCUCCAAACAAGGACUCUACAAAACUCACCCUUAAGCUAUCCAGGGUCAAGUCAAAUGAGUCCGAUACCCCAGGUGAGGUAAUGCCAGGCAUGGACCAGAACUCUGACAAUAUGGAGGCAGAACUGGGCUUUCAGCAGGUGCCUGUUCUCCAACAAAAUCUAGGAGCCCGGCUGCAACAGCAGCAGCUCUCCCAGCAAGCAGGUGGUGCCAGUGGUUUCCAGCCUCCCAGUUCCCCUUACGACGAGGCAGAGCUGGAUGCCCUCGCUGAAAUUGAAAGGAUAGAACGAGAGGCGGCCAGUGAGAAGUGCUCAAAGGAGGUUCAAGAUAAAGACAAGCCUCUGAAGAAGAGAAAACAGGACUCUUUCCCCUUGGAGCCAGGUGCGGGAGGACCAGGUGGUCCCACGGGUGCCCCAGGCAGUGGAUCAACAGGAGGGGGCAAUGCAGGCAAACUGACCCCACAAGAGGCCACUGCAGCUGGGAACGGUGCCAGCCGCCCUCCCCUCAUGGUGAGCAUCGACCUCCAGCAGGCAGGCCGAGCUGAUGGCCAGCUCGACCCCUGUCUGGCUGCCCCUAUUCCAGCCCUUGAGGCCCAACGCUGGCCUGAAGAACCAGCUAGUGGUCCGGCUGCAGUGGAAGGUUCUGACACGGCUUUGCGGUUGAAACCAGAUGGUCGACCGGAAGUCAUCAAGAACAGGGUUGAUAAACAUGACAGCAGGAGAGAGGGUCGGGAGUCGUCAAAGCACCGACACGAUGAGAAGUCCUCAGACAGACGGGGAGACAUGCCAAAGUCAUCAAACCGAGGGGAACAUGGACGUGACAGGGACCGAGAAUCUGACCGAGAUAGGCGGCAUCGGAGCGAGACAGGUGGUCGAGACAGACGCUCCCCCGACUCUCGCUGCCGAAGUGACCGAGAUAGGUCCGGCUAUCGGGCUUCUUCCACUGGAGAGCCUGGUCGGAGCAAUAGGCCAGAUGGUUCCAAACCGGCUUCUUCUGCUUCUGGUGCUAAACUUCCAGAUUCUUUCCCUGCUCAUCUCCUGGGAGGCCAUAGUGGUGCACUGAAGAACUUCCAGAUCCCUAAGAUCAAACGUGAUAAGGAUGGCAGUGGGUCAACUGAAAGUCAAGUGUGGGGCCAGCCUAAGGUUAAACUGGAGAGGCUAGGUUUGGUGAAGGACUUUGAGAAGAGGCCCAAGCCUGUAGUCCUUGUGAAAAAGCUCUCCAUUGACCAGAUCCAGAGGAUCAUCCGGCACAGCAAGUCUGGAAAGAACAGGAUCUCGUCAGGAAAAUCUGGCAAAAGUGGCAUGGACCCAGCAGUUCUGAACGAGCUUCCCCCAGAGCUGCUGGCAGAGAUUGAGUCAACCAUGCCCCUGUGUGAACGGGUAAAGAUGAACAAGAGGAAACGAAGCACUGUAAAUGAGAAGCCCAAAUAUGCUGAGGUCAGCUCGGAUGAAGACUUUGAUGCAAAUGGAGAGUCCGCAAGGAAGCGGCAGCGCCGAGAGAAAGACAGAGCCUGGGACUUUGAGGAAAGGGAGCGUCGUGGCUCAGGGGAACAUCGGAAAAGUGGGCACCGGGACAGCCGACGAGGCUCAGGGAGCCGCUACAGAGACUCCUCCGAGGAAGAUUCACCACCACCCAGCAUAAGUGACGUUGCCAGAAAAAUGAAGAUAAAGGAAAAGCAGAAGAAACGGAAAGCAUAUGAACCCAAGCUGACUCAAGAAGAGCUGAUGGACUCUUCCACAUUCAAGAGGUUCUUAACAAGCAUUGACAACAUACUGGAGAAUCUGGAAGAUGUGGAUUUCACUACCAUGGCAGAUGAUGAUGAGAUACCUCAGGAACUGCUGCUUGGUAAACACCAGUUGAAUGAACUGGGCAGCGAGUCCGCCAAGAUUAAGGCCAUGGGCAUCUCCAGCAGGAUUCCAUCAGACAAGCUGGUGAAGCUGCUAAACAUACUGGAAAAGAAUAUCCAGGAUGGGUCCAAGCUCUCCACCCUGAUGAACCAUGACCAUGAUGCUGAAGAUGAGGAGAAGCUCUGGAGAGACCUGAUAAUGGAGAGAGUCACAAAGUCAGCAGACGCAUGUCUGACGGCUCUUCACAUCAUGACCUCGACAAACAUGCCGAAGGCUGUCUACAUAGAAGACGUCAUAGAGCGGGUGCUACAAUACACCAAGUUCCAUCUUCAGAACACACUGUAUCCACAAUACGACCCGGUCUACAGGGUGGACCCACAUGGAGGUGGCCUGUUGAGCUCUAAGGCAAAGCGUGCGAAAUGCUCCACACACAAGCAACGUGUGAUUAUCAUGUUGUACAACAAGGUGUGCGACAUUGUCAGCAACAUCUCUGAGCUCUUAGAGAUCCAGCUGCUUACAGACACCACCAUCCUCCAGGUGGAGAAUGUCAGUGAGCUGCAGCUGUGUGCCAUUAAAUUAGUUACAGCAGUGUUCUCGCGUUAUGAGAAGCAUCGGCAGCUGAUCUUGGAGGAGAUCUUUACGUCUUUGGCCAGACUGCCCACCAGCAAACGCUCCCUCAGGAAUUUCAGGCUGAACAGCUCAGACAAGGAUGGAGAGCCGAUGUACAUCCAAAUGGUGACGGCUCUGGUGCUGCAGCUGAUCCAGUGUGUGGUCCAUCUCCCAAACGACAAGGACAUGUUUGAAGAGUGUGACAAGGUGGAUCAAGAUGUGUUGAUAACCAACUCUUAUGAGACGGCAAUGAGAACAGCACAAAACUUCCUCUCAGUCUUCCUCAAAAAGUGUGGCAGUAAGCAAGGAGAAGAAGAUUACCGGCCAUUGUUUGAGAACUUUGUCCAGGACCUUCUCUCAACAGUAAACAAACCAGAAUGGCCUGCUGCAGAGCUGCUGCUCAGUCUGCUUGGUAGACUACUGGUACACCAGUUCAGUAAUAAGCAGACAGAGAUGGCUCUAAGAGUUGCAUCUCUAGACUACCUGGGCACAGUGGCUGCCCGUCUGAGGAAGGACGCAGUCACCAGCAAGAUGGACCAGAGGUCGAUUGAUCGUAUCCUACAAGAGGCUCCAGGUAGUGAUGAGACCCAACAGCUGCAGAAGGCUCUACUGGACUACUUGGAAGAGAAUGCUGACACUGAUGCCUCACUGGUGUUUGCUAGAAAGUUCUACAUUGCUCAGUGGUUCCGGGACGCCACCACAGAGGCUGAGAAGUCCAUGAGGAACCAGAAUCCGAAGGAUGAGGACUCAUCGGACGGACCACAACAUGCCAAGGAGAUCGAGACCACCGGUGAAAUUAUGCAGCGUGCUGAAAAGCGCAAGAAGUUCCUGCGCAACAUCAUCAAGACCAUGCCGGCUCAUUUUGCCACGCUGAAAAUGAACUCUGACACUGUGGACUAUGAGGACUCCUGUCUGAUCGUGCGUUAUUUGGCCUCCAUGAGGCCGUUUGCCCAGAGCUUUGAUAUUUAUUUAACACAGAUCUUGCGAGUCCUUGGGGAAAGUGCCAUCGCUGUAAGGACUAAAGCCAUGAAAUGUCUGUCUGAGGUUGUGGCUGUGGACCCCAGCAUACUGGCAAGGUCUGACAUGCAGCGCGGCGUCCACGGUCGUUUGAUGGACAACUCAACCAGUGUGAGAGAAGCGGCAGUAGAGCUGCUGGGCAGAUUUGUGCUCAGCAGACCCCAACUCACUGAGCAGUACUACGACAUGCUCAUAGAGAGGAUACUGGACACUGGUAUCAGCGUAAGAAAACGGGUGAUCAAGAUCCUCAGAGACAUCUGUCUGGAGCAGCCAACCUUCAGUAAGAUUACUGAGAUGUGUGUAAGGAUGAUCCGCAGGGUCAAUGAUGAGGAAGGUAUCAAGAAAUUGGUGAAUGAGACAUUCCAGAAGUUGUGGUUUACUCCGACUCCAGCCCAUGACAAAGAGACCAUGACCAGAAAGAUCCUCAACAUCACUGAUGUGGUGGCAGCGUGUCGAGACACCGGCUAUGACUGGUUUGAGCAGCUUCUUCAGAAUCUUCUCAAGUCUGAAGAGGAUGCAUCGUAUAAGCCAGCCAAGAAGGCCUGUGUUCAGCUAGUUGACAAUCUGGUCGAGCACAUCCUCAAAUACGAGGAGUCUCUUGCAGAGAACAAGGGUGUAAACUCAACACGGCUAGUCGCUUGUAUCACCACCUUGUACUUGUUCAGCAAGAUCAGGGCCCAGCUCAUGGUCAAACAUGCCAUGACCAUGCAACCCUACCUGACCACAAAGUGUAACACUGCCAAUGACUUCAUGGUCAUCUGUAAUGUGGCAAAGAUCUUGGAGCUUGUGGUACCGCUAAUGGAGCACCCCAGUGAAACUUUCCUUGCCACCAUUGAAGAAGACCUCAUGAAGCUCAUCAUCAAAUACGGCAUGACGGUGGUCCAGCACUGUGUGAGCUGUCUUGGAGCUGUUGUCAACAAAGUCACGCACAACUACAAGUUUGUCUGGGCUUGUUUCAACAGAUUCUAUGGUGCACUUAACAAGCUGAAGAUUCAGCAUCACGAGGAUCCUAACAGCACAACGUUGGUAGCAAAUAAGCCUUUCUUGCUGCGAUCACUGUUCACUGUGGGUGCCCUGGCCCGGCACUUUGAUUUUGAUCUGGAGGAGUUCAAGGGCACCAACAAGGUUGUUAUCAAGGAGAAAGUUCUCGAGCUGCUGCUGUACUUCACCAAACAUGAGGACGAGGAAGUCAAAACCAAAGCCAUCAUCGGCUUAGGCUUCCUUGUGAUCAUGCAUCCCAGCCAGAUGUUUAUGCAGGAGGUGAAGUCCUUGUACAACGGCAUCCUGGCUGACAGCUCCUCCUCCAUUAACCUUAAAAUCCAGAUCCUCAAAAACCUCCAGACAUACCUUCAGGAGGAGGACACGCGGAUGCAGGAAGCAGACAGAGAAUGGAAGAAACUUUCCAAACAGGAGGAUCUGAAGGAGAUGGGAGAUAUCUCUUCAGGGAUGAGCAGCUCCAUUAUGCAGCUUUAUCUAAAACAGGUGUUGGAGGCGUUCUUCCACACCCAGUCCAGUGUACGGCACUUUGCUCUCAACGUCAUAGCUCUCACACUCAACCAGGGUCUCAUCCAUCCUGUACAGUGUGUACCCUACCUCAUUGCAAUGGGAACAGACCCAGAGCCCAGCAUGAGGAACAAAGCCGACCAGCAGCUGGUGGAGAUUGACAAGAAGUACACAGGAUUCAUCCAUAUGAAGGCAGUUGCUGGGAUGAAGAUGUCGUACAAUUUGCAGCAGGCCAUCGAUAUGUCUCGUAAGACCAUCAUAAGAGGCUUCAGACAGGACGAGACCCACUCGGCACUCUGCUCCCACCUCUUCACUAUGAUCCGGGGGAACCGGCAGCACCGGAGGGCUUUCCUCAUCUCGCUGCUGAACCUCUUCGAUGACAGUGCGAAGACGGAAGUAAACAUGCUGUUGUUUAUAGCCGACAACCUCGCCUGUUUCCCAUACCAGAGCCAGGAGGAGCCUCUCUUUAUCAUGCACCACAUAGACAUCACCCUGUCUGUCUCUGGCAGCAACUUGUUGCAAACCUUCAAAGAGCUUCUGCUAAAGGAGCCGAGGCGUAAGGAGAAGAAGGAGAAGAAGGUAAAGAAGGAGUGGAAGAACAUGUCAGAUGGGGAGGAUGAAGAGGAAAAGAUGAACUGCGAUUCUCCGAGGAGCGAUGAGGAAGAAAUCCGCAACAGUGGUGACGACAAUGAUGAGAAUGUGGUACGGCGGCCUAAAAAGGCCAGAAAACCUGUUGCAGACAGCUCAGAGUCAGAGUCUGAUCUGGAUGAUUUAGAUUUGGAGGAUGUGGAAAAAGUAAUGAGGCUCCUCCCAGACAAUCCCACAGGUCUCUUGGACUUCGCUAAUGCUGUUCAGGGCAUCCUGUUGCUACUGGUGCUCAAACAGCAUCUGAAGAACCAGUAUGGAUUCUCUGACAGUAAAAUUCAGAAGUACUCUCCAACAGAGUCAGCCAAGGUGUACGAUAAGGCAGUGAACAGAAAAAACAACAUUCACUUCCACCCACGACAAACCAUCGACUUCAUCUCCAACAACAUGGCUCACGCCAGUCUGACACAUGAUGUCAAGAGGCGGAUAGUCAGACAGUACCUAGAUUUCAAGGUUCUGAUGGAACAUCUGGACCCAGACGAGGAGGACGAGGAGGGAGAAGCGUCUGCCAGCGCCAACAUCAGAAACAAAGCCAUAAACGCCCUACUGGGAGGCUCUGGCGCCUUGUCAGGGCCCAGUCCGCGCAAUCAGGCAGGACCAGAGACAGAUGACGAUGACAGUGAUGGUGACGAAAGGACCCCAGGGUCCUCUCGAAAGUCAAGGCGAGCCGGUGACCCCUCGGACCCUGGCCGUAUGAGCGAGACAGUGGAUGCUAUGGAUGUGAUUGCCCUCUGCUGCCCGAAAUACAAGGACCGACCACAGAUCGCUCGAGUCAUCCAGAGGACCUCCAACGGAUACAGCAUCCACUGGAUGGCCGGCUCCUACUCGGGGCCCUGGGCAGAGGCCAAGAAACGCGAUGGUCGCAAACAGGUGCCUUGGGUGGACACUAUUAAGGAGUCGGACAUCAUUUACAAGAAGAUUGCCUUGACCAGCAACCACAAACUGAGCAACAAAGUAGUACAGACUUUACGCUCACUGUAUGCAGCGCGGGAAGGAGGGGCUAGCUAAUGGCUCCCGUGUGGUGUUUUAUUUUUUUUUUCUUUCUUUUUUUUUUUUUUUGGCUCCCCCUGCUCCAUUUCUACUUUAUCAAAAUCCUCCUCUUCCCUGCUCCUACUCCUCCUCCUCAACCUGCCACCUCCAACAACACAGCCAAACUUCACUGGAUUCCUACCCUCCUCCUCUCUUUCCUCAUUUUUGUAAGAAAACACGAGAGAGCAAGAAUAUUUGACACUACAUACUUUUACAUGAGUUAUUCUUGCAAAAAUGAAAAUGACACAAAACAUAAGACUUAUUAUAUUAGAGGGACUGCUCAUGUUUUGUUUGUGUACAAGUGCAGAGGAUAGAAUCCAGAAGGCAUUAAAGGAAUAAUUCACCCAAAUUAUCCCUUAAAAAGGCUAUCAGAAAAGAGACCUGGAGGGAAAUGUUUUGUCAACAUUGUUGUGGGAGCUCCUUCGCUGUUGUGCAGCAGAUUCUAGUCGCUCAUUUCUACUCCCACUGUAUCAUAGUUUAACACGACAAAAAACUAAAAUGUUUAUAUCUCUGAAGACAAAAAAGCUGUAAAAAAAGAAUAAAACCUUAAGUGAAUGUUGGAAAUUAGUCUUUUUGAUGUUCUUAUUAAAGUGUUUUUGGAGUUUAUUAUACUACUAGCACCCUGAUGGUUUUUCCUUUUAGCUUUUAGAUAUUUGAAGGAAAAAGACGAAAAAAGAAAAAAAUAAGAAUUUUUAUUUUUGUUCACUUUUAUUUGUCCAUGCUGUACAAUGGCAGAGUCCUCUGAAUAUAAUUUAUUCUAUUUCGAACUACGCAUGCAGUAUAUGUGGCCUAUUGCAGGAGGAUAUUUUGUAAAUGUAGAUUUUGUUGUAUUAGGUCACCCUAGUAAUAAGAGGAAAGGGGAUUCAUACCCUUUCGGUGGAACAAAUACUGCAAUAAAUUUUCUACUUCUCUUUG